ACUAAGACUGCUUUCUAAAUCGGCAAGUUUGUGUGGACUAAGUGUGGACCACAACCAUGCCUUCUCUUCCCACUCUGAAUAGCCUGGGGAAGAUAUGUGGCUCGGGACGCAGUCAACAUGUGGACCGCACCCAGAUCAAACGCAGGAACUCCGUCAAACGCAUGUCAAUCAUAGAGGACGGUCAUGUGGCAGAGGUGUUGUACCUCAUCCCAAAACAGUCCAUGAUGCAGCAGCUGCCAUUCAUUAAUCCUGAUGACUACUACUUGAGUGAGAGCCUGUCACCCGUGGCCCAUACACAGCAAACGCAACACCAGACGGAGAAGCCUUUAAUACGCUGUGCUAAAUGUGGAGAGGUUUGCAAGGGAGAGGUGUUACAAGUGCAGGCCAAACACUUCCACAUCAAGUGCUUCACAUGCAAAGUAUGUGGCUGUGAUCUGGCACAAGGUGGAUUCUUCAUGAAGAAUGGAGAAUACCUGUGCACUGUGGACUACCAGCGGAUCCAUGGCACCCGCUGUAACAUCUGCGGAGAGUUUGUGGAGGGAGAGGUGGUGAGCGCACUUGGAAAGACCUACCAUCCAGCAUGCUUUGUGUGCACAAUCUGCAAGAAGCCGUUUCCUGCAGGAGACAGAGUGACGUUCAAUGGUAAAGACUGUCUGUGUCAAUACUGUUCUGAGCCAAUGUCUCCUGGACCCACCAAAGAUGUCACAGGACCUAGCAGUUGUGCGGGCUGUGGCAGAGGCAUUAAGAAUGGUCAGGCUCUGUUGGCUCUAGAAAGUCAGUGGCAUUUGGGCUGUUUUAAAUGUAAAUCCUGUGCCAAAGUCCUGACUGGAGAAUACAUCAGCAAAGAUGGCGCCCCCUACUGUGAGAGGGAUUAUCAGGUCCUGUUUGGUGUGCAGUGUGAGGCAUGUCAGCAAUUCAUCACUGGGAAAUUACUGGAGGCAGGAGACAAGCACUACCACCCAAGCUGUGCUCGCUGUAGCAGGUGUAAUCAUAUGUUUACUGAAGGAGAGGAAAUGUUCCUGCAAGGAUCAACAGUUUGGCAUCCAAGCUGUAAAAAUUCACCUAGAAGCGAGGAGAGACAGAGGCUGGCACACUCAUCAUCCGAGAGUAUUAGCUCCAGACCUGAUUCAAGCAUACCUAGAUCACCGGGUCAAACCAUAUAUGCAAAAGUAGACAAUGAAAUCCUUGAUUACAGGGAUUUAGCAGCCAUUCCCAAGGUCAAAGCCAUUUAUGACAUUGAGCAUCCAGAUUUAAUCAACUACGAGCCACUUUACACCACCUCACUGGAUGAGGCAGAUGAGAGAAAGAGUGUGGGAGAGCUGCAGAGCUCCAGGAGAGACUGUUCCCCCAUGCCAGAUGACAGAACCAGAUCACCCACACCGACUGCUGAGGGCUACUAUGACAUGAGGGAACGAAUCCUCCAGAGGUCUACAAGUCAAGGCUCCAUUGGCUCACCCAUUUACAGCCGCCACAAUUACACGCCCACCCUCUCACGCUCUCCUCAGCACUUCCACAGACCUGAUCAAGGGCUGAACAUCUACAGAAAACCUCCUAUCUACAAACAUCAUGGGACAGAUGGCAGGAGAACAUCAAGAGAGGAGGAUGAAGAGGAUGUACAGAAACGUAGACAUCUUCAAGAGGAACAUCUCAACAAGAUCCAGUCUGGUUUGGGGAAGAUGAUCCUUAAAGAGGAGAAGGAGAAAGAGAAGAUUCGAGAGCGUCAUGCACGGAGCCUGUCGGCUCAACGCUGCAGUAAUGCUGAUCAAAGUUCACCCUCUAUAACAGGCUCGCUUCCUGGAUACGGGCGAAAUGGACUGCAUCGGCCUCAGUCGACUGAUUUCAUUCAGUAUAACAGUUAUGCGGACGUUUGCAGUGGGGUGAGAGAGUUUCAGCCCCUGCAUGAUGGCCAUCGUUCAACCACCAGAAUGGACAGAGGGGUGUCUAUGCCCAAUAUGUUGGAACCAAAAGUAUAUCCAUAUGAAAUGCUCAGGGUUACCAGCCGUAGUCGCUCUAAACUGCCCCGAGAUGUGGACAGAACCCGACUAGAGCGCCACCUGACACCAGAGAUGUUCUUUGAAAUAUUUGGGAUGGAAAUUAAGGAAUUCGACAGGUUACCUCUCUGGAAACGCAAUGAACUGAAGAAGAAAGCCAAGCUCUUCUAAACAGGAUAUAGAAAACAUCUACACUCACUCACAUUAUGUAUCAUAAAGCUUUUUACUGCUGGUCAUUCCUUUGUUGUAUGCUCAGAGGUCAAAACUAAAUGCAAAACUGUAACCACAAGAAAGUUCUGUGCUGCAAUAUCAGAUGAUGUCAGUUCGGUCCAAACAUUCCCGACAAGCUCUAGAGUUCUCGUCUCUUUAUUUUAGUCUCUAUCACUUUGUUUUUCCCUCUCUUAGAACAUAGACUUCCUCUUUUUGUUCCACUGUAUGUUCUUCUUGUAUAUAGUAAAUCUCUCAUGCAGGUAAGAAUGUUGUCUGAUAAUCUGAUUCUUUGUAAAUUUGCGGUUACAAUCUAUAUAAUUCACUGUGUUCCAGCAGACAUCUUUGUUUGCUUCAGCAGUUUUUGUGCAUGGAGGGAUUGUUUGUGUGUGUGUGUGUGUGUGUGUGUGUCUGUCUGUGUGUCUGUGUUUUUUUGUGUGCGUUUGCGUGCGAGUUUGCCUGUGCGUGCGUGUUUGCGUGCGUGUAUGUGUGUUUGCGUGUGUGCGUUUGCGUGAGUGUUUGCGUGUGCGUGCGUGCGUGUGUGUCUGUCUGUCUGUGUGUGUGUGUGUGUGUUUCUGUCUCUGUGUGUGUUUGCGUGUGUGUGUGUGUGUGUGUGUGCUUGUGUGUGUGUGUGUGUGUGUGUGUCUGUGUGUGUGUGUGUCUGUGUGUGUGUGUGUGCGUGUUUUUGUGAUUUACGAGGACAAUUUUGUAAGUUACAAAUUAGUAAUUACAAGUGUAUUAUGCUAUAGAUGUGAUUUAUGAGGACAUUUCUAGUGUCCCCAUAAUUCAAAUCGCUUAAAAAUCAUACUAAACAAUGUUUUAUUGAAAAUGUAAAAUUUUGAACGUUUUCUGUGAGGGUUAGGUUUAGGGGUUGUGUUAGGUUUAGAGGAUAUAAUCUAUAGUUUGUACAGUAUAAAAGUCAUUAUGUCUAUGGAAAGUCCUCAUAAUGAUAGGUAGACCAACAUGUGUGUGUGUGUGUGCCUGUGUUUGCGUGUGCAUUUGUGUGUGUGGGUGUGUGGGUUUGUCUCUGUGUGUGUUUGCGUGUGUGUGUGUGUAUUUGUGUGUGUGUGUGUGCGUGUGUGUUUGCAUGUGUGUCUGUGUGUGUAUGUGUGUGUUUGUGUUUGUGAGUGUGUGUGUGUGUGGUGGUUUGGGUAGUUUAUGAGGACAAUUAUUUUAGGUUAUAAACUGGUAAUUACAAAGGUAUUAUGCUAUAAAUGUGGUUUAUGAGGACAUUUAGUGUCCCCAUAAUUCAAAUCGCUUAACAUACUAAACAAUGUUUUUUUUGAAAAUGUACAAAUGCAGAAAUGUUUUUUGUGAGGGUUAGGUUUAGGGGUUGUGUUAGGUUUAGGGGAUAUAAUCUAUAGUUUGUACAGUAUAAAAAUCAUUAUGAGUCCUCAUAAGUAUAGCCGCACCAACACGCAUGCACGUGUGUGUGUGUGUGUGUGUGUGUGUGUGUGUGUGUGUGUGUGUGUGUGUGUGUCUCUUUCUAUCUGUCUAUGUCUUUGUAAAACAGUUCUGAAUGCUUUCAAAGUGAUUUAAUUCAUAACAGCACAUAUCCAUGUAUUCACCCUUUACUGCUAUAUCAGACUCCAAACAUCUGUUAAAGAUGUGACAUUUCUGCGCCACUAGCAGCACAAAACAGAAAUGCAAAAAUAAUGAAUGACCAUUAAACAUUCAUACUUCUAUUAUUCACCCCAACAGCCAAAUUCACACCAUUGGCAAACUCAGGCAAUCGUAAUGUCCAGCUCAUUCAGGCCCCUCAACAAACAGAUUGCAGUUUAGUGCCACUAGUGGUGCAGAAAAUACACUAAAAGCUUUCUGGUUUAAAUUUAAUUGUAACAUAAAUGCUGAUGUCCCUUCCCAAGUAUACUAUAUAUUUAAAUAAUUGACAACAAAGUAAACAAUAAACUACAUUUGACUUUUCUGAAAAAGUUGAUUCUCACACUGCCAGUUGUAUUUCCAAGUAAAGGGAAAUGUUUCAAUGUGCAACUCUGUUAAACCAAAGGCAUUAUAAUGGGUCAAUGCUCUAAAAAUGGUUUUAAUUAACUAACGAAUCAGAUGUUGUAUCACUGUAUUGUUGAGUUCUUCAUGCACAAAACACUGAACUUGUACAUUGAAUUCUUAGUAGGCAAAUGCAAUGCAUCCUUUUCCUCGUAUCUCUCUUUUUAAUUCAGUGAACAUAUAACAGCAUUGCAAAAAUAAAGAAAUACAUAAAAACGAUCCAGGAAAGUUAUAUGGGUCAUAUAUGGAGAAGCCUACGCUUUCAUGUGCCCAUCAUAUGUGUCUUGCUAUAUUGGAUAAAAAAUUUGCACACACAACUCACCACGCGCCCCACCGACAGCGAACCACAUUAUUGCGUCCACGAGGAGGUUAACCCAACUUGACUCUACCCUCCCUAGCAACUGGGCCAGCUGGUUGCUUAGGAAGCCUGACUGGAGUCACUCAGCAUGCCCUGGAUUCGAACUUGCGACUCCAGGUGUGGUAGUCAGUGUCUUUACUUGCUGAGCUACCCAGACCCCCAUACAAGUAAACUUGUACUAGGCUGAAUAAUGAGGAGUCAGACGGACAUUUUUAC